GAACAAUCACUAAGCGUAAAAAUUGCUAGAUGAACGAAAAGGCGGCUGUUUCGCAUUGUUGUGAAAUCGUGACUGCAAGUUAAAAUGCUACCUGUAACACAAACUACGCCACAUAGCGAAUUGAAUAUAUUUUGCUGUGAAACACGAUUAUACUGAGGAUUUAUGAGAAGACAUACAUCAAAUUUCAUAAGUAAUACAUAUCCACCCUUCUAAAAAUGAGACGUAACGAAAAGGGAAUUUUUGGAGUGAAAAAGGACCCGAAGAAUUUGAUGCUGUUUUCAUUCCAAGUGAGAGAAGGUGAAGAAUGGCCAUCAAGUGACUCUGGUGACUCAGACUAUCAACCAAGUGACGAUGAAACUAAAAAACCAACAACAAAAACUAAACCAAGUGUAAGGAAAAAAUCUAAUAAUAAAAGAAGUUCAAAAAAAGUUAAGAUUAGUUCAUCGACUACGACAAAGAGUUCCUCAGAUGUAAAGCCUACAAAAUAUGAAGCAGCUGUGAGUUGUUCUAACCUUCCUUCAGAAAUAUGGCUGAAAAUAUUUCAAGAUGUUGUCCGAACCAGUGGCUCUUUACCAUUUUUGUGCAGGGCAGCGAGGGUGUGUACAUUAUGGAGGGACCUCUGUACUCACCAGUCCUUGUGGAGAAGUGUGGAUCUAUCUUAUGGUUGGAUCAAGUCUACAGACAGAACAUUACAGUGGCUUUGUGACAACAGACUUGAACACACUCAGGAAAUCAGCUUAUCUGGCUGGAAAAAUUUGACCUCAGCUUCAGUUAAAGACCUAAUGGUCAAAUGUUGUGAUUUGACCAGUAUUAAUCUAUCCUACUGUGGCAAGGUUAACACUGAUGGGUGGAUGUCUCUGGCUAACAACUGUAGUGGUUUGUCAGACAUAGACGUGUCAUUCUCUAGUAUACAAGUGCCUGCUGUUAAAGUUCUUGUAGAGAAAUGUGGCAAAAACCUCAGGCAGCUCAAUGUAGGCGGCAACAAUUUGACAGGGUUCAACAGUGUAUUGACAGCACUCAAGAAAUGCCCAAAUCUCCAGUUGUUAGAUGUAUCAAAUGUUAGAUUUUCAUCAGAUUUUAUGGCAUUUGAUAUAGAAAAAUUUCAACAUGCAUGUCCAAAAAUGAGAGUUCUUCGACUUGCAAACUCCAAAUUCAGAGCUCCAGAAGCAUCAAGGAGAAUACAGAACGAGUCUCCAGGCUUCCCUGAUUUGGAGGAGUUGAGUCUGGCUGUACACACAGCCAAAGUUGGAGCAGGUCUUGCCAUACAUGACAACUUUUAUCAAAGAAUCCUGAAGGCCUCCUGUAACCUGCGACUUUUGGAUCUGAGAGGCCUGAGCCAGAUCACAACUCUGGGGCUUGCUUCACUCCCUGUGACAGACCUAGAGUCCCUCUAUCUGUCUAUGACCUCUCUAGCUUCCCGAAACAACAAUGUGGAUGUUGUCCUGCAUAAGUGGCGCCACAGCCUUAAGGUGGUAGACCUUUCGUGGAACACAUUCCAGGACAACGUGCUGGACACUGCGUUUGAGGUAUAUGUGGGUCUUCCCACCACUUCAAAACACAAACUGCGCUGGAUUAACUUUGCUGGAACUGCCGUAACUUUAACAACAGUCAAGCUGCUUCUGGACAACUGUCCCGACCUAGAAUACAUUAAUCUUUCUUCCUGCCGAGGACUUCCCAGAGGCAUGAAACGAGAAUAUAGUCAAGGACAGAUCAGCCAGCUACGGAAGGAAGUUCGUAUUGAAGUACAAUCUAACAACAGCGAUAGUACAGAUUCUGAUUGAGUAGGACUUCUAGGUAAUGUUAUUAUGAAACAUUUCAGAUGAAUAUAAAACGUUCAGUUUCUUGAUAUGGCAGCUAAGGUAGCAGUGUACAGUAAAAAUGCCCAAUUUUGAAAAAUAUGACACAUGUCUUAAAUAUGUAAACAUUGCCAGUUAACCCUACAUAUAAACUCUAAUAA